AUGGUUCCUCGCAUUAUACCUGAAGCUACAUCGGACCUCAAGGAUUUCCACGGAAGCGAUCAAGACGAGGACCGAGCCCGCAGUUGGGUGACCACGGUGAAAAUCGCGUUCAAGAGCGAUCAAGCGCCCGACGAUGAAAAGUGUUUUGUCUUCGGUGGAUUACUAACUGAAAAAGCUCAGAACUGGUAUCGCCAACUGGGUCACUAG